AAUUCCAUACAAAAUGACAUACAAGAAAUGGCUAAACAAUUUUCUUGAGUCAAAUUUACUUAAACCAGUACGCAGUUCUCAAGCAAAGUCCUACACUUUCUACUACCUUUUUUCUAAAGAAAUUUUAAAUUGCUGAACAGCGGAACCCUGAUUUUGCGAAGGAAUAAUGACAAAGCAUUUAUUUCUUGAAGAAAACAGCCGGACCAAAGUUGUAAUCUAAUUAUCAGAAAUGGAAAUCGGCGCAAGCUCGUCCAAGCGGCAGAAACGAAUUCUGCACUUUACGGCAGAAGAAAAACGGAAAUUAAUUUCCGCAGUGAAGGAGAAUGCGAGGAUCUGGAAUAUUAGCGAUCCGAUGCAUUCCAACAAAAAUGCGGUGGACCAAGCGUGGAACCGCAUUGGCGUCAUGCUUGAAAAGACUGUGGAGGAAUGCAAAGCAGCUUGGGUGAGCUUGCGAGAAAGCUAUCGCUACCGGGCGAAGGUUGCCCAAAAAAAACAGAAGUGGAAGUGCGGGCGGUGAACAUCAAAGCGAGCCAUCCUUCUGCGAGGACAUUGACUGGGAGUUUGCAGAGGAAAUAUCGUUCCUGCCCAAUGUGUCUCAAAAGAGAAGGUUCAAAAAUCAAGUUUUUUAAUCAAAUUUAAGCAUACAUAUAUAUCUUAUUACUUUUACUUCGCAGAACUUUUACGACAAUCGAGGAGGUUUCCCAGGAGCAAGACGAAGACGAAGCGACUAUCAGCACAGAUCCUGGUUCCCAGUAUGACUACGUAAGUUUAUAUAUAUAUAUAGAUAUAUAUAUAUAUGUAUCACUCCCAUAGUAAAAAUUAAGACAGUUUGAUCUAAUGAGCUAUACUUUAUCAAUAAAGCCAUGAAAUUUUAACACAACGUAGAUAACACAAACAAUUUUUUGGAUUAUGGCAGUUUUGGAGUAUGGCAUCGAUUGAAAUUUGUUUUGUUGAAUUGUUUCUUUCUAGACCACCCCACCGACACAGCGAUCUCGUUUACCUAGCCAACCGCAAACCCAGGAAAUUUGGAAAAAGUUUGACGAUCUCCUGGAAAAGCAGCAGAACGCAGUGAGACUUCGUGGGUUUGAAUCGGAAUCGCCAUUUCAGCAAGCGUUCACUGGCUUCGAAUUUCUACUGAAA